CCUUGAAGAAAGACAUCCGCUUUGUCGUGGAGUCUCAUCCCUGGAGCUCGCCAAUGGCAUCCAUGGCCGUAUCCUCGCCCUUUGGCGUCGUUGCUCCUUGUCUCCGUGCUGCCAUUCCGAAUUCAUCUCGAAGGAAUUUGCUCAAAUUUGGAUGCUAUGAGGCCAAAAAUCGAUUCGGUGAAGGGUUGCAGAACGGAAAUAAUAGUUUAUCUAUAAAAGCUAAUGGCCUGGUUCAAUACAACUCUCAGGGAUAUGAUGCAGUGAUUAAUGCAAAGAAGGGAAACCCACCUAUGAUGCCUGCUGUGAUGACUCCAGGUGGACCUUUAGACCUUUCGUCUGUCCUCUUCCGUAACCGUAUAAUCUUCGUAGGACAACCCGUUAACUCUCAAGUUGCGCAACAAGUUAUAUCACAGCUUGUAACUCUUGCAGCUAUUGACGAGGAUUCCGAUAUUCUGAUUUACAUAAAUUGUCCUGGUGGGAGCACUUAUUCUGUCUUAGCUAUUUAUGACUGCAUGUCAUGGAUAAAACCAAAGGUGGGGACUGUAUGCUUUGGCGUGGCUGCUAGCCAAGGAGCACUUCUUCUCGCCGGAGGAGAAAAAGGAAUGCGGUAUGCUAUGCCAAAUGCACGAAUCAUGAUCCACCAACCGCAAAGUGGAUGUGGGGGUCAUGUCGAAGAUGUAAGGCGACAAGUAAAUGAAGCCGUCCAAACACGUCAUAAAAUCGACAAAAUGUAUGCUGCAUUUACCGGUCGAACACUGGAUGAAGUGCAGCAAUACACGGAAAGGGACCGAUUCUUCUCUGCUUCAGAGGCUUUAGAAUUCGGACUCAUCGACGGAUUAUUGGAAACAGAGUAUUAGUUUGCCAUCUGAUAAACAACACUCAUUUGCAACAAUUAGCUGAUGUUCGGCUUUCGACGAUCUUUUCCUGCGAAUGUUACUAUUGCUACCAAUGAGAUUACUGCAGCAGAAAAGGAACACUCAUUGUUUUUCUUCAAUUUGUACAAUGAAUGCCUCAAUUUUAAUUUUGUAAUUUUUAGUUAUAAAUCAAAUACAUUUAAGUUUUGCUAUCA